AGCCUGUGGCUGACGAGGCUGCUGAGCAGGGCCAGGCCGGGCCCUGCCUGCAAGGAGACCCAAGCCCUUCACCGGCCGCGGAGCCCCAGGGUCCACCAGGCUCUCCUGCGGGCUCCACCAUGACAUCGGAGUCCACGUCGCCCCCUGUGGUCCCGCCCCUCCACUCCCCCAAGUCUCCUGUCUGGCCCACCUUCCCCUUCCACAGGGAGGGCAGCAGGGUCUGGGAAAGAGGUGGUAUCGCGUCCCGGGACCUGCCCAGUCCUCUGCCCACCAAACGGACCAGGACAUAUUCAGCGACAGCCCGAGCCUCGGCCGGCCCAGUGUUCAAGGGCGUCUGUAAGCAGUUCUCCCGCUCACAAGGCCACGGCUUCAUCACCCCCGAGAAUGGGUCUGAGGACAUCUUCGUGCACGUGUCUGACAUCGAGGGAGAGUACGUGCCAGUGGAAGGUGACGAAGUGACCUACAAGAUGUGCCCCAUCCCACCCAAGAACCAGAAGUUCCAGGCGGUGGAGGUGGUGCUCACGCAGCUGGCUCCACACACCCCGCACGAGACCUGGUCUGGCCAGGUGGUGGGCUCCUAGGCUUGGGGUGCCACGCGGGAAGGGCAGGCAGUAGCUGGCUGCGGACCCCCACCGUGCUGCUGACCAGUCCUCCCUCCCCCAGGCGGCCUCAGUGUGCUCGUCUGUCUGUCUGUGCUCGUGGCUGUGAAUGUGUGCCUCAACCUCCCGUGACCCAUGAUUAAGUGAGCCAGGAGCUGCGUGGGAGGAGGCCAUGGGCGGGGCCUCGGCCUGGCUCCCCCUCACCGCCCUGCCCUGUGCGCUCAGGCGCCUUCGGCCCUGCCCACCGUCUGGUGAUUUGAGUGAGCCCCUGGGAGCCUGUGUGGGACUCCAGGAGACCCCUCCGUAUGACCUUGCACCCUUCAUGCUUCCCCGCAUCCCGCGCCAGAUUCUGCUUUGUGCUCCUGUCUCCUGCUGGGGUCUCUUCCAUGGCCUGGAACCUUUCCUCCAGAAACCAGGCCUGUGAGGGCUUUAGGGAAGCUUUUGGCCUCAGGCAGGGGAAAGAGGGUAACACGUGGGAUGCAUGGCCCCUGAUGCGCUGCUUUCAGUGCAUUGGUGAGGCAGGAGGGAGGGGCCCCAGGGCAGCACGUGGGGGCUCCCCAGCUGCUGGCAGUGGCUCUGUGAAUCCCUGGCGCGGGGCUGCAGGAGCCGAGCUCCGUCCACAUCCAGCUUGGACGGAGCCUCCUCUCUACCCCGGCCCACACCCCCAGCGCACGCUCUGCCCAGGCCUGGCCGCUGCAUCGGAUGACAUGUCCCUGCCGGCCCAGCGCCCCUCGGACAGCCCUCAGCCUGCAAGACCAGUGCCAGACCCCAGCCACCACGGUAGCCCUUACCCAGUCCCUCCCAGUGUGUGGCUGUCCCUGUCCCCUGGCGUCCCUUUGGUGUCAAGCUAUGUGUGGUGUGUGUGUAUCUUGGCCUGGGAGGCCAGGAGGGGCCCUGGCCCCCAUACUCUCUUAAGAGCCCAUUACCUGGUGUGUGGGGGGGAAUAAAUGGGGUCAAAGGCUCAAGGAAGGACAGUGGCUUCAUGAGAGCCAUCUGUAAGUAGAAUUGAGGGGUUCAGUGGCCUUAGAGGUCCCCUCAGUAGCCCCCAGCUGGGGCUCAUCCUGCUCCAGCGUCCACCACACAGAGGCUGGGACCCCAGAGCUGCUGCUGGGCUCUGGUUAUCCCCUUACCCUGGCCCCUAUUGUAAGCUCGGCUUCUCCAGCCAGGCCUGUCCCCGGGGCGCGGGAGUCCCCGGUUCUCCCUCCCAGGACCAGGGGCGCUUUAGGCACCAGGCAAGCUGCGGUGCAUGGGCAUGGGGGUAACAGGCCUCCCCUCUGCUCCCAGAAAUCCUCCCAGGCCCCCAGCCACGGACCCCCCCCCCCACGACCUUCCUAACACU